CGUCCCGUGCUGAGAGCUGCCAGUGAUCUGUGAGGUGUGGACCGAAACACACGCAUUCGACGCCGACCGACAGUAAAACAUACAAAAUGAGUGCGUGCCACUACCUACAACGCGUUGUGGUGUCAAACCUAUUAACUAUAUAUUACAACAUUCAGAUGCUCAUAAUUUUUGCAAUAGUUUAUUUGAAAAAUCCGUUCUCUAACCCCUGGGCUCAGAAACUAAAGUUGGAACCACCGGCACGUCUUACGGACCCUAAAUAUGGAGUGCACAAGUAUAUCAAAGUUAAUGGAACAGUUUUACAUUAUGUUGAGAGUGGUGACCCUUCAAAGCCCCUGAUGCUAUUCCUCCACGGAUUCCCUGAAUUUUGGUAUUCAUGGCGUCACCAAAUUGUGGAGUUCCAAAAGGAUUAUUGGUGCAUAGCUGUUGACAUGAGAGGCUACGGUGAUUCAGAAAGACCCGAAGGUGUGUCUUCAUACAGGAUGGAACUUCUGAUUGAGGAUGUUCGGGAUCUUAUUCGGCAAUUAGGUAGAGAAAAGACCAUCUUGAUCUCCCACGACUGGGGUGGUUUGGUCGCAUGUGAAUUCAGGAACAAGUACCCUGAAGUGUUGAAUGGCUUGGUCAUGCUUUCAAGUACCUCUAGGACUUCCUGGGCCCGCGAGAUUUGGAGCAACCCUGUCCAGAGGAAAGCUUCUUGGUAUGUAUUCUUGUAUCGCGCGCCAAUGAUAGCCGAGAAGAUGCUCUCUAUGAACGACCUGGGCUUUUACGAAACGUUCAUGCUGUUCCCUGAGAAGAAAGCCACUGAUGCUGAAGAUAUCGAGUGUUACAAAUACUGGUUCCGCAAGACUUUUGCACUCACACCACCAAUAAACUACUACCGGGCUAACUUCAGUUACGACUUGCCGGAGAUCGUGGAACACAAGGAGAACCUACCAAUGCUAGUAGCACAUGCUGGCAACGACCCUUACAUUUGUCACAGCUUGCUCGACACCAUGAAGAAGGAAUACUCUACUAUAGAAACCACGAUAAUCGAAAAUACCGGUCAUUUUCUCCAACAAGAAGAUCCAGAGAAAGUUAACAAAGUUAUCCGCGACUUUCUAUCUAAGAAUAAUAUUUGAUUUAUUGUUGUUUUUUUUCUUUGUCUUGUUGAAUCCACCGCUUGUGCAAUUUUGUCACUGACUGACUAACGAAUCGAUUUCUAUCGAUAGUGACAAGAUACAAUUCAUCUCUAUUCGCAAUCUACCAGCUUGGAGCUGCGAAUUGUUGCCUACCUACUUAUGAAUAAGUUAGAACCAGCCUUCACUCAUCUAAUGCCCAUAUGUUUAGAUUGAUGUUUUGACUUACUUAAAUAUUACGAUAAAAUAAAUGUUAUGUGCCUUCGUAGUCAGUGUUUAUAAGAAUAAUGAUUGUUGCUUAGUGGUACUGUUAAUAAUUUUGUACCUACUCCCAAUAAAAGUAAAGUACCUUUCUA